AUGCCCAGCGGCUGCCACUGCCUGCAUCUCAUGUGCCUGCUGUGCGUCCUGGGGGCCCCGGCUCUGCACGCCGUAGCCGAUGACUGCAGCUCCCACUGUGACCUGGCCCACGGCUGCUGUGAUCCUGACGGCUCCUGCAGGUGUGACCCAGGCUGGGAGGGGCUGCACUGUGAGCGCUGUGUGAGGAUGCCUGGCUGCCAGCAUGGUUCCUGCCACCAGCCCUGGCAGUGCAUCUGCCAUGGUGGCUGGGCGGGCAAGUUCUGUGACAAAGAUGAGCACAUCUGUACCACCCAGUCCCCCUGCCGGAACGGAGGCCAGUGCGUCUAUGAUGGGGGCGGCGAGUACCACUGUGUGUGCCCACCAGGCUUCCACGGACGGGACUGUGAGCGCAAGACUGGACCCUGUGAGCAGGCUGGCUCCCCGUGCCAGAAUGGCGGCCAGUGCCAGGACGACCAGGGCUUUGCCCUCAACUUCACGUGCCGCUGCUUGGCAGGCUUUGUGGGUGCCUACUGUGAGGUGAACGUGGACGACUGUCUGAUGAGGCCUUGUGCUAACGGCGCCACCUGUCUGGAUGGCAUAAACCGCUUCUUCUGCCUCUGCCCGGAGGGCUUUGCUGGACGCUUUUGCACCAUCAACCUGGAUGACUGUGCCAGCCGCCCAUGCCAGAGAGGGGCCCGCUGCCGGGACCGGGUCCACGACUUCGACUGUCUCUGUCCUAGUGGCUAUGGCGGCAAGACUUGUGAGCUCGUCUUACCUGGCCCAGACCCUGCCACCAUGGCAGACGUGCCCCUGGGGCCCACCUCGGCGCUGGUGGUGCCUGCCACGGGGCCUGCCCCCCACAGCGCAGGGGCUGGCCUGCUGCGCAUCUCAGUGAAGGAGGUAGUGCGUAGGCAAGAGGCCAGGCUAGGUGAGUCGAGCCUGGUGGCCGUGGUGGUGUUCGGGGCCCUCACUGCCACCCUGGUCCUGUCCACAGUGUUGCUGACCCUGAGGGCCUGGCGCCGGGGGGCCUGUCCCCCUGGACCCUGUUGCUCCUCGGCACCACACUACGCCCCAGCACGCCAGGACCAAGAAUGUCAGGUCAGCAUGCUGCCUGCGGGGCUCCCCCUGCCACCUGACCUGCCCCCUGAGCCUGGAAAGACCACGGCACUGUGA